CAUACAAACAUCAAUUGAUGAGUCUCUCAUCCCUGCACGGCGACGCAGUCAUGGACUCGACGAAGAAGCCCAUUGAUGUCGGUAGACAAAGCUACGAAGAUGCCCGGGACAUGGUUGCUCUAGGCCAUACAGAGGAACUCACAAGGAAGUUCUCGUCAUGGAGCAUGCUUGCCCUUGCUUUCUCCAUCCUGGGCACUUAUGGCACGUUUGCCCAAGACCUGGCAUCUGGAUUGAACAACGGCGGCGCCAUCACAAUCUUGUGGGGUCUUGUGCUCGUCUUUGUGUGUAAUCUCUGCGUUGCACUCAGCUUAGGUGAGCUGUGUAGCGCUAUGCCUACUGCUCUUGGUCAGGCUUACUGGAUGCACUCGCUAUGGCACACACCGACGGGGAGGUUCGCAUCAUACAUGUGUGCCUGGAUCAACACAUUUGGCUGGUGGACACUCAAUGCUUCGCUCGUGGCCUUCGCAACCAACUUCUUGCUUGGCAUCAAGCUCAUGUACGAUCCGGAGUGGGCAGGUGCCGGAACAGGAUGGGUCGAGUUUCUGGUAUAUUUGGGCAUCACGAUCGUCUUCACAGGCUUCAACUUGGUGGCCUGUAGGAAUGACAGGAUCUUGCCUUGGUUCAACAACAUCGUCGGCAUCCAGUUCGCUGCUCUUUUCUUCAUCCUGAGUCUUGCCUUGCUCAUCUCGGUUGGCACCAAAGAAGGGCUUAAGUUUCAACCAGCGUCUUUCGCAUUUGGUGCUUGGAUUAAUGAGACGGGAUGGCCAUCGGGAGUGGUCUGGUUCACUGGUCUCGUUCAAGCGGCCUAUGGAUUGACAGCUUUCGACUCAGUCGUCCACAUGAUUGAAGAACUCCCGAACCCUCGUGUCAACGCUCCUCGUGCUAUCUGGCUGUCUGUCGUUCUGGGUGCCAUCACAGGUUUCCUCUUCAUGGUCGUGUGUCUCUUUUGUAUUCAAGACCUCGACAAAGUUAUCAAUUCGCCGACUGGCUUGCCGUUCAUGCAGCUUGUCCAAGACUGCGUUGGUCUCGAAGGCGCUGUCGUGUUGAUGGUGCUCUUUACGAUGAACAGCUUGGGUCAGGGCAUCUCUAUCACCACAACCGGUAGCCGAUUGACCUGGGGCUUUGCUCGUGACAACGGUUUGCCCUUCUCGAAGUACAUCAAAAGAGUCAACAAGAAGUGGAAGGUCCCACCACAAGCCUUGCUGGUCCAAGGAAUCCUCAUCGGUCUGGUUGGCCUCCUUUAUCUGUUUGCAAACACAGUGCUUGAAGCUAUCUUGAGCGUGGCCACCAUCGCUUUAACAAUCUCUUACGCCAUGCCCAUCUUGACACUGCUGCUUGUGGGCCGCAACAAAUUACCUGCUGGCGGGCAAUUUGCGCUCGGCAGAUAUGGACCUGUAAUCAACUGGAUCAGCGUGGUCUACUGUGUCGUCACAACAGUCAUUUUCUUCUUCCCAAGCGGACCCAACCCCUCAGGAGCAGACAUGAACUACGCAAUUGCAGUGUUUGGCGUCAUGCUCGUCGUCUCCAUUGUCUUCUGGGUCGUCCAGGGCCGCAAGACCUAUUUGAGGGUAGAGCCGUCUGAACAAGUCGUGCUAGAAGCGGUGCAUUUAGAGGACAAUUAUGUAGAAGUCCCAGGGUCGUCACGGGUUGACGCAAAGGGUCGAUGUCUCGAUUUGCAUGAUGGUCAUGCUUUCUGUAUCAUGAUGUAUAAAAGAUUCUGUUAUUUGUUCUCAUUCACUUGUGCCAAUUCUCCUACUAGAAGAAGAAACCAGGGUAUGUUGGAUCGCUCGGGUCGA